GCAGGCGCGGUGCAGGCUGGUUGGCGCCGCUGCGCUGCGCGGGAGAUCCGCGCAGGUAACGAGAAGGAAAUGGAAAAAGCGGAUUCCCUGCUUGGAACAGAAAUUAACAGGAGGGCUUCCUUUGUCCUUCACUAAACGGAAAGCAUAUGCUAAAGUGGAGUCCCUGUCACCCGAGCCUGGCGCGUGGAGCCCUCUGUGUGGCCAUCCUGCCCAGCAAGCCUGACAGCCCUCCCUCGUGCCCGCCAUGCAGAGAGCGUCCCGUCUGAAGAGAGAGCUGACCCUGCUGGCCGCAGAGCCGCCCCCGGGCAUUACAUGCUGGCAGGACGGGGACCGAAUGGAUGACCUGCGUGCUCAAAUACUAGGUGGGGCCAACACACCUUAUGAAAAAGGUGUUUUCAAGCUGGAAGUUAACAUUCCUGAGAGGUACCCAUUUGAACCUCCUCAGAUCCGAUUUCUGACUCCAAUCUAUCAUCCAAACAUCGAUUCUGCUGGAAGGAUUUGUUUAGAUGUCCUCAAAUUGCCGCCAAAAGGCGCCUGGAGACCGUCCCUCAACAUCGCAGCGGUGCUGACUUCUGUUCAGCAGCUCAUGUCAGAGCCCAACCCCGAUGACCCGCUCAUGGCAGACAUCUCCUCAGAGUAUAAGUACAAUAAGCCAGUCUUCCUCAGGAACGCCAGGCAGUGGACAGAGAAGUACGCAAGAGCCGAGCAGCAGGCCACCGAGGAAGAGACGCCCGAUGACCCUGCCAUGGCUGGUGGCUCAGAAGAACACAGCCCAGCCCAGAAAAGGAGAGCCAGGCAGCUGGGGGGCGUAGAGAAGAAAUUUUGCCCUGAUGUUUAGAGGGUUCGUCCUGGCCUGUCUUAGUUAAUAGAUUUUUAUGCCAACGUGGUCCAAUCUGUGCACAUUUCUGGAAUGUUUUUCUUUGUAUUUGAUGCCAUUAUCCUGUUUGUAUCCUAGAAAGUAGACCUGUAUGUUUAUAUGUUGGCUCUAAGUUGAUUCUUUGUAGUUUAUUUAGCUUGUAUGUAUGUAUUUCAAGACUUUUAAACCUGAAAAAUAAAUAAUCAUU